AUACCCAUGCAUUUGGUAGAGCAGCACAGAUCUACCACAGAGAGAAAGAGAGAGAUAGAGAGAGAUGGCAGUGGCUUUUGUCAAAGUACUGAGCAUCCUGGUGGUUGCCUUGUUGGUGGUACCUGGCGGGCUGAACUCCGGCCAGGUGAAGGCGGAGGACUGCCGGAAGGAGAAAGAAGAGGUGAUAGCUCUCUGCGGCAAGUACUCCCUGAAACGCAACCCAGUUCCAGGGCCGCCGUCUGCGAGUUGUUGCAACAAGAUCAAGGCUUCUGACAUUGCUUGUGUCUGCCGAGCUCUCACUCCUGCGGAGGCGAAAAAUUACAAUAUGACCUUGAGUGGCAGAGUUCUCCGCGAGUGUGGCUAUGCCGUUCACGCCGGCUUCAAAUGCGGCGGUGACAUCGUGCCUGAAGCUUGAAGAUGGCAAAGGAGCAGCGUUUGUGAAUGAUGUGGGUGCCAGCUCGUGUUGAAUGAAUCAUGCAUCUAUAGAACUUGUGUGCCUUUUGUUCCGUGAUCUAUCAGAUGUUGUGCUUCUAUUUAUUAUCUAAUAAAUAAAGCAAUGAGCAUGGCUGUUUGUAUC